CUAAUGCAAAACCACAAUUUCUACCGAUAGCUGGAGAAGGGGCGCGCGGUAUUUAAGCAUGGAGAAAUGCUCUCACCGCAUCCACUCGCCCGUGUCCUCCCGACAACACACCAUGGCAGCCAAGCUGAUCGUUGUAGCGACCGCCCUCGCCCUGUGCCAGGCUACCCCGGCCCUAUACAACGGUUUCUUAUACCGUGAUGGUCGGAAUUUUGCGAUCAGCAAGGCAUACAGCAACAACCUCGGCAGCCAAGCCUCCGGAGAAGCCUCGGUGAGAGACGGCUCCGCGCAGGCCUACGGCAGCGCCUCCGGCAACCAGCUCGCCCGCGCCGACCUUGUCUACCCCUCCCAUGCCAGCGCCCAGGCCAAGCUCUACAACGCCCCCGCCAUCCCCGUCUACGGAUCCGCUAAGGCUGUAGCUGAAGCUCAGAACGGCGGAGCCAUUUUCUACGCUCCCGCUCCCGCUAUGAACCGCGCCACCGCUGACGCUCAAUCUAACGGAGGAUAUGGAUCUGCCUCUUCUACUGCCAACAACGCUCAAGGCUCCGCUAUCAGCUCGGCUAAGACUCAAGGCUACAUCGGCUCAGCUGCCUCCGACGCAGCCGUGAACACCGGAUACGACAGCGCGAUUUCUGCCGCUAAAGUUGCACCUGCGCCCCAGAAGAGGAUCCACUGGCGCUUCGGAACCCUCUAUGGCACUCCUUCUCACAUCAACACUCGCGCUCAGGCUGACGCUAACGGCUUCAACGCUGCCAAAUCCACCGCCGACGUGCACCAGGCCGGCUCCGCGCACUCCGCCGCCAACACUUACGGCUCGGACGGCUCCGCCAACGCCAACGCCAACGUGAACGGAGGCUACGGCUCCGCCAACUCCGCGGCCAACACCCACGGCUCCGGUUUCGCCAAGAGCGCCGCCGACACUCAAGGAUCUGGCUACGGCUCCGCUCAGUCUCAGGCCAACACUCACGGCGCCGGCAUCGGCGCGGCCAAGUCGUCUGCCAACACCGGUUACGGCUCUGCCAACGCUAACGCCGACGUCAACGGAGGAGCUGGUUUCGCGAAGUCCGCAGCCAACAACGGCCUGGGUUACGGAUCAGCUGUUUCUGCAGCCAACACCAAUGGUUUCGGGUCGGCGCGCUCGGACGCCAACACGCACGGAUUCGGCUCGGCGCACGCUAACGCUAGAGUUAACUAAGU